AUGGCAGAAAAAAGGUUCAUCGUGGAGGUGGAGAAAGCCACAGAGGGCUCAGAGGAAAGGCCAUCUAUGGGUCCUGUCUAUCGUAGCAUUUUCUGCAAUGAUCCAACUCCUCCUCCCAUUCAAGGUCUUGAAACAUGCUGGGAUAUUUUUAGGAUGUCGGUGGAGAAAUACCCUACAAAGCCAAUGCUUGGUGUUCGUGAAAUUGUGGAUGGGAAACCUGGCAAGUACAAGUGGCAAACUUACAAAGAGGUGUACGACAUGGUGGUUAUAGUUGGAAACUCCAUUCGUGCUUGUGGUUAUGGGGAUGGAGUAAAAUGUGGUAUUUAUGGUGCCAAUGGCCCAAAAUGGAUCAUGAGCAUGGAGGCUUGCAAUGCUCAUGGACUUUUCUGUGUUCCUUUAUACGAUACCUUGGGUGCUGGGGCUGUGGAAUUUAUUAUAAGCCAUGCAGAGGUCUCCAUUGCAUUUGUUGAAGAAAAGAAGAUACCUGAGCUAUUGAAGACAUUUCCAAAUGCAGCAAAAUAUAUCAAGACACUUGUGAGCUUUGGAGAUGUUACCCCUGAACAAAGGCAAGAACUUGAAAAGUUUGAGUUGACAAUCUAUUCAUGGAAUGAAUUUUUGAAAGUGGGUCAUGAUCAGACUUUUGAUCUUCCUGAGAAAAAGAAAAGUGACGUAUGUACAAUAAUGUAUACCAGUGGAACUACUGGUGACCCUAAGGGUGUGCUGAUCUCCAAUGAAAGCAUCAUUACACUUUUAGCUGGCAUUGAGAAAGUUCUGAAGAGUUGCAAUGAGAAACUGAGUGAGAAAGAUGUAUACUUAUCAUACCUUCCUCUUGCACAUAUAUUUGAUAGGGUCAUUGAGGAGGCAAUGAUAAUGCACGGUGCCUCAAUAGGUUUCUGGCGAGGAGAUGUCAGAUUGUUACUAGAAGACAUUGGGGAGCUAAAGCCAACCAUUUUCGUUGCAGUUCCCCGUGUGCUUGAUAGAGUAUACAAUGGUUUGACACAGAAGAUUUCUACAGGAGGAUUUAUAAAACAGACAGUGUUCAAUUUCGCCUACUCAUACAAGUUGCAUAACAUAAGUAAAGGGCAAAAUCAUGAUGAAGCAUCUCCACUAUUUGACAGAAUUGUAUUUAAUAAGGUGGUAAAGCAAGGUUUGGGGGGAAGAGUGCGUAUUAUUUUGUCUGGAGCAGCACCUCUAUCUAGACAUGUGGAAGGUUUUCUACGGGUGGUGACCUGUGCUCAUAUCCUACAAGGAUAUGGUCUAACUGAAACCUGUGCUGGAACCUUUGUGUCAUUGCCAAACCAUAAGGACAUGCUUGGAACAGUGGGGCCCCCUGUACCAUAUGUGGAUGUGUGCCUUGAAUCUAUUCCUGAAAUGGGAUAUGAUGCUCUUGCAAGCACUCCAAGAGGAGAAAUAUGUGUGAGGGGAAGAACUGUGUUCACAGGGUACUACAAACGUGAAGACCUAACCAAAGAGGUUAUGACCAAUGGAUGGUUCCACACAGGGGAUAUUGGAGAGUGGCAACCUAAUGGAACCAUGAAAAUUAUUGAUAGAAAAAAAAAUAUAUUUAAGCUUUCACAAGGAGAAUAUGUUGCUGUUGAACAUCUGGAGAAUAUUUAUGUUCAAGCUUCUGCUGUUGAUUCUAUAUGGAUUUAUGGGAAUAGUUUUGAGUCGUACCUAGUUGCUAUUAUUAACCCCAACAAGCCAGCACUUGAACAAUGGGCAGAAGAAAAUGAUAUAACUGCAAACUUCGAUUCUCUCUGUGAAGAUUCCAGGACAAAAACUUACAUAAUCGGAGAGCUCGUCAAGAUUGCGAAGGAUAAGAAGUUGAAAGGUUUUGAGUUUAUUAAAGCUGUUAAUCUUGACCCAGUUCCAUUUGACAUGGAACGUGGCCUUAUGACUCCAACAUUUAAGAAGAAAAGACCCGAAUUGCUUAAAUACUAUCAGUCUGGUUGCAAAAUAAAAGCACAAAAUUCAUAA